GGAGGUGGAGGGAGACUUCUCCUCUUCAAAGAUGGUGUUGCACAUUAUUGCUUUCUCUUCUGAUACUUCAUGACGUCAGCAAUUCCUUCCAUGGAAUUCGCCUCUUCAACUACCGUACUCCCACAGAAGUACGAUGUGCUCAUCAACUUCAACGGAGAAGACAUCGGCAGGAAAUUUGUUUCGCAUCUCGAUUCCGUCCUUUCUGCUAUUGGACUUACCACUUUCCUUCACCACGACAAUGGAGAAAAGUCAAUGAACGAACCUCUUCUCAAUCUGUAUCGGGUAGCAAUAGUUGUUUUCACCAAAACCUAUUCCCAAUCUCCUUGGUGUCUUCAUCAGCUUCAACAAAUCAUUCAAUGGCAUCAAACUUAUUCCCGACAUGUUCUGCCCGUAUAUUACGAAAUUCAGCCAUUUGAUGUACGCUUUCAAAAGGGUGAUUUUGGAAAAGCAUUCAAAAGAGCUGCACACCAAACUUUCUCACGACAAGAACUGGAGCAUGGCAUGUCCAAGUGGAGCCACGCACUCACCAAAGCUGCAAAUUUCUUUGGAUGGGAUGAGAGCAAUUACAGGAGUGAUGCUGAACUAGUGGACAAAAUUGUUAAGAGCGUUCUUAAUUUACCAGUAUUGUCUGCUACUAAAUUUCCAGUUGGAUUACAAUCUAACGUGGAAGAUCUAAUUCGAACUAUAAAAGAUAAAUCCAGCGAAGUUUGUAUAAUAGGGAUAACUGGAGCUGGAGGAUCUGGGAAAACCACCCUUGCCAAAGCCAUCUACAAUAAAAUUCAUGAAACAUUCACGGAGAAAAGUUUCAUCGAAGAUAUUGGACAAGUUCGUCGAACAAGAGGGCAUCAUCGUUUACAAGAACAAUUUCUUUUAGAUGUCCUAAAAACAAAGGUGGAGAUACCUAGUGUUGAUAUGGGAACAAGAAUGAUUCGGGAAGGACUUACGGGGAAAAGGGUGUUAAUUGUACUUGACGAUGUGACUGAGAAUUUUACAUUGUUAGAUCUAUGGGGAUGCCGUGAAUGGUUCGGUGGAGGAACAGUAAUAAUCAUUACAACAAGAGAUGUAGACCUACCCAGGAUUCUUAAAGUUGAUUCUGUUUUUGGGAUAAGGCUAAUGAACGAGAACGAAUCCCUUGAGCUUCUUAGUUGGCACGCAUUUAGAGAAGCAAAACCAAAAGAAGAAUACAAUUACCUUGCAAAAGGUGUAGUUACUCAUUGUGGAGGACUACCUUUAGCUCUUGAAGUCAUUGGAAAUUGUUUAUUUAAAAGGACAAAAGAAGAAUGGAAUAGUGUACUGUUAAAAUUAGAGAAAAUUCCCCUGCACAAUGUUCAACAGAAAUUGAAAAUAAGCUUUGACGGAUUACGGAAUCAAAUUGAAAAAAAUUUAUUCCUUGAUAUAUGUUGUUCCUUUGUUGGUGAGGGCAGAGCCUAUGUUAAGAAGAUGCUAAACGGAUGUGGAGUAGACGCUGAUAGUGGAAUAAGAGUUCUUAUAGAAUGUAGUCUCAUAAAAGUUAAAAGGAACAGCAAACUUGGAAUGCAUCCUUUGUUACAAGAAAUGGGAAGAGAAAUUAUUAAUGAAAUUUAUGAAGAGGAAUUUGAGACGGAGUGGCUAUUGCGGUUUGAUGAUGUACAAUAUGUAUUGACAGAUAAUACAGGGAGAAGAGCCAUUGAGCGAGUGCCUGUAAAAUUACGUUCAGUGAAAAGAGAACCAUCAAGAAUUUUGAAACACACUGAAAAUUCUGAUUACAUUUCUAAGAAACUGAGGUGGAUCAGUUUGGAUUGGUUUUCUUCAGUACCUGACAAGUUUUAUCUGCAUGAUGCAAUGACGAUUCAUUUAAAACAUAGUUCUCUUCGAUUCCUCUUGAAAGAACCCCAGGAAUUGAGCUGGUUGAAGGUCCUUAAUCUUAGUCACUCGAAGUAUUUAACAGGAACCCCUGACUUUUCUGGACUACCAAGUCUUGAACAACUCAUUCUCAAGGGUUGUACAGGAUUACGUGAAGUCCACCCAUCUAUUGGAUGUCUCUGCAAUCUUACAUUGUUAAAUUUGAAGGACUGUACAAGUCUAAGCAAUUUCCCUAGAGAGAUAUAUAAAUUGAUAUCUUUAGAAACUCUCAUUCUCUCUGGGUGUUCGAAGAUUGACCUAUUGGAAAGAGAUGUAGUGCGAAUGGAAUCCCUGAUAACUCUAAUUGCUGAAAAUACAAUUGUGAAACAUGUCCCUUUUUCGAUUGGAAGCUCGAAAAGCAUUGGACAUAUAUCCUUACAAGGAUUUGAGAGAUUGUCAUGUAAUAUUUUUCCUUCUAUCAUUCGGUCUUGGAUGUCGCCAGUAAUGAAUCCCAUAUCUUAUAUUCAUUCGCUGUGCAUGGAUAUCGAUAAUAGUUGGGAAAGUAUUGGACCAUUGCUUAGCAGCCUGGUAAAUCUUCGAAGUGUUUUGGUGCAAUGUGACACCGAAUAUCAACUAUCUAAGCAAGUAAAAAGUAUUCUGGUUGAAUAUUUCGCAAAUUCUGCAGAAUCAGGAAUUUCAAAGCAGCAAUUCAGGUCUUCUUUUAUAGGUCUUGGCACAUACCAUGAAUUCUUCAAUGCGGUCAGCGAUAACAUCUCUGAGGUAUUGUUAAAUAGUGACUCUUGUGAUGUCUCUCUUCCAGUUGAUAACCUUCCUAAUUGGUUGGCCUAUAUGGGUGAGGGAAAUUCUGUUUCUUUCUCUGUGCCUUGGGAUCGGGACAUGAAAGGAAUGGCUUUGAGUGUUGUUCAUUUAUCAACUGGUGAGAUCGUGGCAACUGAAUGUCUUAGAAGUGUCUUAAUAGUUAAUUACACAAAGUGCACAUUGCAAAUACACAAGUAUGGCACAAUAAUUUCCUUUAAUGAUAUAGAUUGGCAGGGUAUAAUGUCAAAUUUGGGACCUGAAGACAGGGUGGAGAUUUUUGUUACUUUUGGUCAUGGAUUGGUGGUAAAGAACACAAUACUCUAUCUUAUAUGUGGUGAAUCAAAUUAUUUGAAAAAAGAGCCAGAGUCAGAGAAAAAUUAUCUCCUUAGAUUUAUAAUGAAAAUUGUAAUGUGUGACUUCUGGUAAGUCCUUUAUCUUUGAGAACAGCAGAUCCCUUUAAGUAUGGAAUUAAUAUGUGUCCUUGAAUGAAAUUCAUAUUUUUCCGUCC